AUGAGAGACAAAAACUUUUCAAGACUGGGCACUUCCUUUUGCUGCUCUUGCCUCAUAGAACUUGGAGUUUUUCCUUUCACACAAGUUUAGUGCCACAUUCUUCUGUUUGCGAUGGACGGACAAGUGAUAUAUGCUGAUUUAAACUUAACCAGGGAUACUGGUCUUGAACAUUCAUCACCCCCAUCUCUUCCUCAAAAUGAACUCAAUGGAGUUAAUCAAGUGUAUUUUCGUAAUGUCUCAGAUGCUUGCCAGGGUUCAUCUUGGCAUAAACUGGCUCUGCAACUUUCUUGUGUGGGGAUGCUUCUUCUCGUCCUGACUGUGAUCGGGCUGAGUGUUUCAGUGAUGUUCUUAAGACAAAAGUCCUCAAUAGAAAGAAGCAGUGUGAUUGUUCAAGAGAGCAGGAAUGAAACAACAGCGAGACCACCUCUGUUAAAGUGUCCAACAAAUUGGCGUCCACUCCGAGAUAAAUGCCUGUUUUUUUGUCACAGUUCCAAACCUUGGAAUGACAGUCUAGCCGACUGUUUCACAAAAGAGUCCAGUCUGCUGCUAAUCCAAGAUCAAGAAGAAUUGAGAUCCAUACAAAGUAUGAUAGACAAAGGAGUUCUGUUCUGGAUUGGAUUAAAUUUUACGCUAUCAGAGAAGAACUGGAAGUGGAUAAAUGGCUCCUUUUUGAAUUCUAACAUGACGGUUUGGGGGAUUGAAUGAAAUGAUGGAAGAGAGCAAGGCAGAGACGGAUCAGGGAAGCCUGGGAAGUCAGAGAGACCUUUUGGAAAGGGAGUCAAUGUCUUGGCCAGAUGAGCAUUAAACAUUUAUCCUGAAAAGUGAAGAAAGGACCAGAGGGCGGGAGAGAGAAAACGUGGGGGCCCUUCUGCAACAGUUCCGUCGAGAGAAGUUCCUGAUUGGACUGGAGAGCCGGGCACGAGGAGAGAAUCAGACUGGCUGCUCAGGGUGGAGAGGCUCCGUGAAGAAAUGGAACAAAGAAAGAAAGAAAAGCCGUGAGGGGUGGGAGGGAAGGGAAGCAGCUCGGUGGCAGGGCGUGUGCUUAGGACGCAGGGGGUCCCGGGUUCAACCCCCAGUGCCUCCAUUAAAAUAAAAGAGGGUGACGGUAAACCCAAUUACCUCUCCCCCCAAAAACAAAGCAAAACAAAAAAGGAGGGCAAAAAAAGAGAGGAAUAAAGGAUGCCUUUUCAAAAAAAAGAAAGAAAGAAAAUGGACCGCUGCCACCAAGUUGUUUUCUGUCUGAGACAACAGGUGGAUGUCUUGCACUCACCCACUCCCAGCACCCGGCCCCAACUUGCCAUCCUACUGUGCGAACUCUACUGCCCCCUCCCCCUCCCCACCCCCACCACAGCGAACCACAGGACUCUUGCUUCUUUGGAACUAACAGUAUAUAUAUUGUAACAGACACCCACCAACCACUUGGGAUGGGAAGAAAAAGGAACCUCCGUCUACAUACUGCGUGAAGUGAGCCUCUUUUUCCGGCUCACGUUCACACUGUGGAGACCCUGCGUGUGCACCACCCUCUGUGUGCUCAUUACAUUUACUGAGCACGUCCUUUGUUUAAGCGUGAUCGUGCUUUCACGUGCAACAUCUCAAUGCCUCCCCAAAUAUCAGGUGGUUAUAUCCUGUGUAUUUAAGAUAACUUUCCAUGUGACAUGUUAAUAGUAGAAUGAGAUUCAAUUCCCAGUUUCCAAAGCUUCUCUUUUGACUAUAUCAUUAUGACUUGUCUUGUUAGAACAAUUCUUUUUCAGAGACGCUGGGUUUUCAAGUUCCAGAGGUUGCUAUUAGCUUUACAUUAAACGUUUAUAUCAUUAUAUUCAUGACUGUGUAGUUAUUCCAUGUUUAAUAAUUGCGUUAUAGAAAAUACAGGCUGGAGGAGGAGAAUUGUGUGAGAACCACAAACACUAAGGAGAAGCUUUCCUUUUGCUCCACAGAUUGCAAAUCACUGGUGAUGCUAAAGAAAACAGCUGUGUUUACAUCUCAAACUCACAAAUUCUUUCUGAGAACUGUGAUGCAGAAAUUAAAUGGAUCUGCCAAAAAGAACUAAAGUGCUGUCAGAA